AUCGCCGGUUUGGCAUGGCACUACCAUCACCGCCACCAAAAACAACCGCCACCGCCACCAUCAACAGAAGCAGUAGCGACGGCGGCACCGUAAUACUCAACAAGUAUCAACUCACACGUCUCUUGGGCCGUGGCAGUUUCGCCAAAGUCUACCAUGGCCGUUCUCUGAUUGACAAUUCUUCCGUCGCCGUUAAAGUCAUCGAGAAACCCGCCACCGCAGAUCCGGCAAUGGAGCCAAGGCUGGUCCGUGAAGUCGCCGCCAUGCGGCUGUUGAAUCACCCCAACAUCCUUAAACUCCAUGAAGUUUUGGCGACGAAAACGAAGAUCUAUUUAGUGAUGGAACUGGCCGCCGGCGGUGAGCUUUUCACUCAGCUAACCCGCCGUGGACGGAUGAAGGAAGCCACCGCCCGUCUUUACUUUCAACAACUCGUCUCCACGCUCCAUUUCUGUCAUCAGAACGGCGUCGCACAUCGUGACCUGAAACCACAAAACCUCUUGCUUGACAGAAAAGGAAACCUAAAAAUCUCCGAUUUUGGACUCUCGGCGCUGCCGGAAUCUCAAAAAGAUGGUCUCCUCCACACCGCCUGUGGAACUCCGGCAUUCACCGCACCGGAGAUCGUACGUGGGAAAGGCUACGACGGCGCAAAGGCGGACGCGUGGUCAUGCGGUAUCAUUCUUUUUAACUUUCUCGCCGGAUACCUACCGUUUGACGACAGUAAUUUACCGAACAUGUACCGGAAAAUCCAUCAACGUGAAAUCGUGUUUCCUGAUUGGAUUCCGAAGCAACCCCGAAUCAUAAUUCAAAAGCUUCUCGACCCGAAACCCAAGACCCGGAUGAGCGUCGAGACUUUAAUGGGUCUUUCAUGGUUCAGAAAAUCAUUGAAACCCGAUCCAACUUUGGAAUUAUACGACGAACACGAAACAAACAAAGAUGAUUCUUUGAAUUCGAUCAAAUCGAAAACGACGAUGAAUGCGUUUGAUAUCAUCUCGAUGUCAUCCGGGUUGAAUCUCUCUGGUAUUUUCGAGGAGAAGAUGAUGAAGAAAGAGCUGCGGUUUACGUCGACGGCAAAGGCGGAGGAGAUCGAGAAGACGGUGGUGGAAGUUGGAGAGAGAUUAGGGUAUCGAUUGAAGAAGAGAAAAGAUAAAGAAAACAGUAACAACAAGAGAGGUGUUAUUGGGUUGGUGAAAGGAAGGGUGAUUAUAUUGGCAAAGGUGAUGGAGGUGGUGCCGGAGUUGUUGCUGGUGGAGAUGACGGUGGUUGACGGCGGCGAUGGGUUCAGUGAAGUCCAAUGGGAUGAGUUAAAAGUGGGGUUUCAAGAUAUCGUGCUUUCGUGGCACAGUGAUGUACAGUGAACCACCUUUUUUGUAACGGCAAAUCUAAAUCUUGAAAGUUAUAUUCCCUUUCGUUUUAUCUUUCAA